UUUGGAACACUCAGCAAAAGUUUAUGCUUCGGAUGGAAGGUUGGGACAAGACACAGCCAGCCUCAUUGUAAGUGUAAAAGAGAUGGCCAAAGUCAUGCUCAGUGGUCAUGAAGGCAACAAGAAGAGAAACAAAUUAUAUCUCACGGUCGAAGGACUGGAAUUAGUGCUUCCUCUACCCAGAUUCUGGACCUUUAGGGUAAUGUUGGCUUCUCUGCAUCUCAAGCUUCUGACCUUUAGCUGCAGUAGAUGCAUUCUAGGCAUUUAUCGUGUGUGGGCGGCCACAUGCCAUGCACAAAUACAACCAGGGCAAUGGAGAUGGAUUAUUAUCUUCAUCAGUACAGUGAGAUCUACCACGACCAUGUCAAAUAUCUCUGCUUGGGGACUGUGUCGGGGAAGACGAAUUCCUGCAGGGACAGGCUGGUUAGUGAUUUCUUUGCCCCCAUCCAUUGAUGCAGUCAACUGUUUCAAGCAGCAAAGAUUUCUGGAACGAAUCUUGGGGUGAUGGCACAACAUAUAUUUGCCUUUUUUGUCGGAUUGACUAUGAGGUUUUACGACAUGCACUGCGGGGGAAGGGGAAGCCACAGAAGAAGCGAGUCAAUUCAUCUCAUGCUCGGAUGCAACGCAAACUGUACUCACAACAAAAGCAAAGGAGAAAGAAAAGCUACAUCAUAGCUGUGGUGGUCGAGGAAAGCGAGCUGUGGUGUCUGAAGCUUCAAAGCUUUUGCCCCCAAACAAAACUCUGCCACACAAGGCAUUUAUGCUUAUGAUAUCAGGUGGCGUGAUGUCUCUGUCCCGAGAUCUGGGGUGUCUGUCUCCAGAUCUGGAUCGCUCUUCAUCGUCUUCGACCUCUCCCUGUUGCCCUGCAAUCUACAGAGGUCAAUUCGACUACGAGGACCCGGGU